CGGUCAUCCUGACCAGACAAAAUCUCGCGAGAUCUAACAUCGCGAGAAUGCAGCUGCCGAGGAUGUUGAGAGUAUAACGGUUCAACGUCCACAAAAUGAACAAAACUACGCGUGUGAGUGAUUCUCCACCUCCAAUAACUAUAUGUUCAUGACGGCGUUUUGUAAUAGCAGGCCAUAGAAGGUCAAAUUGACUCUACUAUUGAAUAUUUAUGCCAUAAGAAGCACAAACAGUUCAUCUCAGGUGAGUGUUAUGGGUCUGCUGUCUAACUCACCUGUAGCUGGGCUCCUCCUCUUCCUCACUUUGUCAACAUGUUUGUACAUCAGCUCCUCGUCUAUCCAUCAAACAAAACCAAUCUAUGAUAAGCUAAGUAGAACCAAAGCACAUGAAAGACUUGGUAAUAAUAAUAAUCCAGCAAAACCACAGAGCAAUUCAGUGGAAACAGGAGUGCACACAGAAAGCUCUGAUAUUUCCAGAGACAUUGAAUGCAGCAUGGCUCCAGAGAGCAGGUUUGACUGCAGCAGAGACAGGCUGCUCAGCAGGAGGGAGUGUGCAGAGAGGGGAUGCUGCUAUGCUCCUCUGGCUGACUCUGCAGGACCACCUUGGUGCUUCUACCCCAGUGUGUACCCAGGCUACAAGAUGGGUCCCUUAACUCCCACCAUGAGAGGCCAGGAGGCCACCCUGAGUCGAGACACCCCCUCAUACCUCCCCAGAGACAUCUCCACCCUCCACCUGGAGGUCAUAGAAGAGGCUGCAGGCUGCUUACACCUCACUUUAAAGGACCCGUCAUCUCAGCGAUAUGAAGUUAAGCUCCCAGCUGGUGUUCCUCAGAGCAAAGCUGAUACCCAACAAGACGCCCUCUACACCACUGAAUACCAGUCGGACCCAUUUGGCUUCAUAGUGCGGCGAAAAUCCAAUGGGAGGGUGAUCAUGAACACCACCGUCGCUCCUCUGCUGUUUGCUGACCAGUACCUGCAGCUGUCCACCUCACUGGCCUCUUCCCUCGUGUCUGGCCUCGGGGAGCAUUACACCUCCCUCCUCCUGGACCUUAACUGGACUUCUCUGACACUCUGGAACAGAGACAUGGCACCUCAUACUGAUGCUAACCUCUAUGGCUCCCACCCAUUCUACAUCGUACAGGAGGAGGACAGCAUGGCACAUGGAGUUUUCCUUCUCAACAGCAAUGCAAUCGAGGUGAUGUUGCAGCCGACCCCCGCUCUCACCUGGCUGGCUAUCGGCGGAGUCCUGGACCUCUACGUUUUCUUGGGUCCUGACCCUCAAAGUGUUCUACGACAGUACCUCCAGCUCAUUGGCUAUCCUAUGAUGCCUCCCUAUUGGUCACUGGGCUUUCAUCUGUGUCGCUGGGGUUACACGACCUCUAUCACAACCCGACAUGUGGCACAACGCAUGCACAAUGCAAAAUUUCCCAUGGAUGUGCAGUGGAAUGAUCUGGACUAUGCAAAUAAGUGCAGGGUCUUCACCUUUGACCCCUGGCGAUUCGGCGACCUCCCAGAGAUGGUGGAGGAGUUCCACAAGGGAGGCAUGAAGUACAUCCUUAUCCUGGACCCGGGGAUCAGCAGCACCAGCCCUCAUGGAACUUACUCUCCAUUUGAUGAUGGACUGAAACGAGACGUCUUCAUCAAAAAUGCCACAGGACAAAUCCUGAUCGGGAAGGUUUGGCCGGGCCCAACAGCCUUCCCCGACUUCACCAACCCAGAGACCAGACGCUGGUGGGAGGACUGCAUCAGAGACUUUCAUUCUAAAGUUCCCGUGGACGGUCUGUGGAUUGAUAUGAAUGAACCAGCCAGUUUUGUGCAGGGCUCAGUGGAGGGCUGUCCUGACAGUGAUCUGGAGAACCCGCCCUACACACCCAGGGUGGUUGGAGGCCGGCUGAACUCUGGAACUCUUUGUAUGUCGGCUCAGCAGAAGUUGUCCACUCACUACAACCUGCACAACAUGUACGGACUGACAGAAGCUUAUGCCACGCACAGCGCUCUCGUGAAGGUACGAGGGAAGAGACCCUUCGUCCUGUCUCGCUCCUCCUUCCCUGGCAUCGGACGCUUCUCUGGUGUGUGGACAGGAGACGUCAGGAGCGACUGGGAGCAGCUUCGAUACUCCAUCCCUGCGGUGCUGCAGUUCAGCCUGUUCGGGGUGCCCCUCGUGGGGGCGGACAUCUGUGGCUUUGGAGGGAACACCACUGAGGAGCUGUGUGUACGAUGGAUGCAGCUCGGGGCCUUCUACCCGUUCAUGAGAAACCACAAUGACGCGCUGAAUGCUCCUCAGGAGCCCUAUGUAUUUGGGCAGAAGGCCCAGGCGGCCAUGCGGAGUGCAUUGAACCUUCGUUACUCCCUUCUCCCUUUCCUCUACACACUCUUCCAUCAUGCACACACCUCUGCUGACACCGUGGCCCGGCCUCUGUUCGUGGAGUUUCCCUCUGACCCUAACAGUCAGACGAUAGACCGACAGUUCCUGUGGGGGAGUUCACUUCUCAUCAGCCCAGUCUUGGAGCAAGGGGUAGUAGAGCUGGCUGCUUACCUGCCCUCUGGCACUUGGUACAGCCUGCACAAUGGUGAGCCUUUCUACAGUAAGGGUCAGUACCUGCUCCUACCAGCCCCUCUGGACACCAUCAACGUCCAUGUGAGGGAAGGACAUAUUAUCCCCCAGCAGGAGCCUGCUUUGACAACCUCAGCCUCACGCAGAAACCCUUUCUUCCUGACCGUGGCGCUGUCAGCAGGCGGCUGGGCCCGGGGCGACUUGUUCUGGGACGACGGGGACGCACUUCACACCUUCGAAAUGGGAAAUUAUUGUUACGUUAUCUUCAUUGCUGGACAGUCUCAGGUGGUGAGUGAUCCUCGCCGGCUGAAUGGGGCCCUGGAUGGUCUGGUGCUGGGGGGGCUGCAGGUGUUCGGGGUGCCUUCACCACCUCUAUAUGUAUUAGCCAAUGGGGACAAAGUCAGGGAUUUCACGUACCGCAGCGACACCAAGGUGUUGACAGUGACCGGCCUGGCCUUGCCCAUGUAUAAGGUGUUUACAGUCCAAUGGGCUCUCUGAUGCACUGAAUUUUAUUACCUUUUAGCCUUUGCAUUUUUUGCUACUGCUGAAAAGACAAGCUGAUUUCCUCGAGCCGUCCCAACCAGCGAGAUGCACCUUACGCUUGUUCGGCCUCUUUGUCCAAAUUGGACAGUUGUACUUUGUAAGUAGCAGGUUUUUUAAAUUAUGUGACGAUAUCAAACAAAGGGAGCCAUCGUCUAGACGUAUCAGGUUUUCUUGCGAGGUAAUUGUUUUGCUGCUAACUGCUACACUGAAUGUAAUGUCUUGUAAACAGUGCUUGAAGUGGGAAAUAAUAAGUGCCAGUACUGCCCUUAUUCACAUGUUUGCGUGUGUAUCAACAAUCAUUAUUACCUUCUGAAUUUCUACAGUGUAUGAAAGAUACUAGGAGAUAUUGGGUUUGGGGGGUCCUCUUCCAAUAAAAUUUGAAUGUUUUUGUCUUUAAA